ACCGGAUGUUGAUACAGUCUGCGGAACAGCUGUGAGAGAACAACAAAGCUGACGCCACAUCUAGCUACAGAAUCGACGAGAAGGACGAAAAGAAGGUGAAAAUACAAAAAAAAAAACUGGAUUCGAGGUUGAUAAAGACUAUAGAAGUGGUCAAGAAAACAGGUUAUUAACAUUCGUGUCGACAGAACUCUGAAAAUUACAGAUUCAAGGUCGGUCUCUGCACAACAGCACUAUGGGCCGGAUCUUCCUGGACCACAUCGGCGGGACCCGCCUCUUCUCCUGCGCCAACUGUGACACCAUCCUGACCAACCGCUCUGAGCUCAUCUCCACGCGCUUCACUGGCGCCACGGGCCGGGCCUUCCUCUUCAACAAGGUGGUGAACCUGCAGUACAGCGAGGUGCAGGACCGCGUGAUGCUGACUGGCAGACACAUGGUGCGAGACGUCAGCUGCAAGAACUGCAACAGCAAGCUGGGCUGGAUCUACGAGUUUGCCACAGAAGACAGUCAGCGCUACAAGGAAGGCCGCGUCAUCCUCGAAAGGGCACUAGUAAGGGAGAGCGAGGGCUUCGAGGAGCAUGUGCCCUCUGAUAACUCCUGAGUCCCCCGUCCCUCCUUUCUGCCUUGUGCACCCGACGUCGCUCCCAAUCUCCAGUGUCCCCUACACUCCUCUCCUUAUAGGCAACUACCUGUGUAUCAGCUUCCCACCAGCAAGAAUUGUGUAGAGCUAGACAAGCCUGUAAUUAUGUCCGCCCCUCACACAUAUUGUACACACAACAUUUGAGAAUGCACUCGCUCACAGGCUAUAGUGCUCGCGUAUAAUGUACAUGCAUUAGAUUCUGCACGAUACACGUGUAGACAUUGGACUACAGCUGCCUGAAGAGUAGGGGUUGUGGUGGGGGGAGUAACUUAAUGACCCAAAGUGGAGCGCAAGGACAGAUGCUAAUGCCUUUGUCAGUGUUACAGCUGUGUAUGAUAAAACAACCGCUGUUGCGUGAGAGAGUGGGCUUGGGGGGGGGUGUUGGUCAAAAAUUGGACUAGGGGAUGAGUGAUGCUUGUCAUCAAGUAUGCUUGUGUUUAGGAUGAAAUAUUAUUUAAGUUUUAGUGAGAAUGGGUGUGAAAAUUGAUUUGAGGAAAUCUUUCUGAAUAUUGUCAUUAAACCCAGUUUUCAUUUGCUUUUAUUAACAAAUAUUAGUUACAUUUGAUAGUACUGAUUUUAGUUUUGACUUUUUGAGCAUUUUAAAACUGAUGUCAACCCUCACUUUGAUCCCGAUGACAACUGCAUGUGUGUACUAAAGCCGCUUCAUGUCUGCCGAUGGACGGCAGCACGCCUAGACUAUUGAACCUGUGAUCAACCUCAAAUGCUGACAAUUCUGUAACAAUUAUCAAAAGACAACUUGAUCAUUGUGUGACCCAAAAAAACAUGAACCGGCAUUGUUGACAAUAUUGUGGUUUUAAGUUCUGUAUUAGGAUUGGUCAGUGCUGUGUUUUCUUUUUGGGUUGCGUAGUCUUGCGAUGCCAUCCUUCCAAUCCUCGUUCAUCACUCAGCUAUUGGAACAAAAUGAAAUCGUGAGAAAGCCUGAAACUAAGUAGGGGUUGAGUUAAAGCUGUUUUUUUUCUUUGUCAGGCCUCCGGUUGAUGGAUUAUAAUAAAAAAAUUGAUCAUAUAAAAUCAACUUUA